AAAGACUUACUAGGACCUAUUAUUAUUGACAAGACAAUAUCUUUUCGGUUUCAUGAGGAGAUUUAUUCAUAACACGGCAAAUGUGUCGAAGAUAUAUAUAAACAUAAGAUACAUAUUUACACCCGAAAUAUGGAAGAAUAGGUAAAUCUAUUCAAUGAUUAAUUACCUGAGAAUUAAGAUUGUUAUGGUGUAACAUGUAAUAUAUAACGGAAUUGAGAGUCAUGUUAUCCCGGUUAUUCAUUCUCAACAGCAACCAAGCAUUAUCUACAUACCUAAACAACUUUAAAUAUCCUCAACAACAGAUUGUGUACUAUCACACCAAAAUACCUCAUGAUACACAGGCAUAAUAACCUAUCAUAGCCAUUUAGCUGCACCUCACUCCCUUCAUCUACAAUAUGUCAUUCGGAGGGGACACCGGACUUGAUUCAACAUCGUCGCCCAAUAUCGUCGGCAGUGGCAACAAUGGCGAGACAACCGGAAGGCCUACAACUCCCCAAGAUGCAGCCACGAAAGCAGUUCACGACGUUACAAGCUCGGAGGUGAUUGAAUCAUCCAGCUCUUAUAUCUUUUCUAUUAAUGAAGGGGAAGCUAACUAUAUUCAUGAUGUAGAUUGGAAUAUCAACCUUGUUGAACCGGUUGAAACAAAGUAUUGCUUCCGCAAAGGCAUUUCCCCGCCCCCGAACUUUCAACGCCUGCAUAGAUAUGGAGCUGACGUCUUCGAAACAGGAGUUCGCACUUUUCCUCAAAAAAAGGUCUAUAAUGGAAGAGGAACAUUCCAAUGGAUUAAAAAAGCUGUGUAAGGCAACUGGAGAUAAUAUUCGCAAACCAGAGCAUCGCCAUGGUUCGUUCCUGCAAUCGUAUGAAGAGAUUCUUAUCAUACACGAGCGAAUGGCUGAAAAUGGGGCUCAAUUUGGCGUGUCUCUACAUCAGAUGCAUGAAGAUCUUAUUGAAAUGGCUUCGAAUAUAGAGAAGGGUAGGAAACACUGGAAAAAUACUGGCUUGGCAGCAGAGCAGCGUGCUGCUGAUACGGAAGCCGCCAUGAGAAAGUCAAAGGCGAAAUACGAUAGUUUGGCGGAUGAGUACGACAGAGCUCGCACCGGAGAUAGGCAACCGGGAAAGAUAUUUGGCCUCAAGGGACCUAAAUCGGCAGCGCAACAUGAAGAGGACCUUCUCCGCAAGGUUCAGGCUGCAGAUACAGAUUAUGCAGCGAAGGUACAAGCUGCACAAAGCCAGCGCUCUGAGCUCUGGUCAAAGUCAAGACCCGAGGCGGUGAAAGCGCUAGAGGAUCUCAUUCAGGAGUGUGACUCUGCAUUAACAUUACAAAUGCAGAAAUUUGGUAAGGAGUAUGAAAGCCUGGCUUUUAGACGCACAUACUGAUCGCAUUGACUAGCAUCCUUCAACGAAAAGUUACUUCUGAGCAAUGGUUUGAACAUAAGCCCUAUCAAAGCCAAAGAACUAGGGACCUCAAAUCGUAGUCUCCGUGAAGCCGUUCAUGCCAUCGAUAAUGUCAAAGACUUGAGCAACUACAUCAGUAGCUUCGCCGGUAAGGUACCAUCACGGGUCACGGAAAUAAGAUACGAGCGUAACACGGUCAGUUCUGAAGAUUCUUGUUGAUUUGGACGAAGCUGAUGUUGAAUACAGGUCUUGCAACCUGCAGCGAAUAUUGCCCAACGACAAUCAGACCCGAACGCUCUAAAUUCUCGACAAGGACCAGGAAUACCACCUCAGCCAUCUCAUCAAGUGCAUGUGAGCCAAACCUUUAAUCAAGGCACUUCCCAAACGCACCAGCACGAAAGAAGUUUUAGCCACGGCCCAUCUCUAUCUCAACACAUCGUUCCACCUGUUGCAUCGCCCACGGCGCCAACAUCUACCUCCCCUGACUUCACCACCUGGUCACCUCGUGCAGAUGGUCCUCCUCAAAUCUCAACAUUGCCAUUUCAGCCACAGCCUCAGAACGAGAUAAUUUUGCAACAGACACCGCCAAAUCCUAUAACUCAUGCUCCGUCAUCCCAUGGGCCGCCUUUGGCACCAUUAUCUGGACCAGGACCUCCGGGCUCAGGCAAUAAUACACAUUUAGCGCCUUUAAAACCAGUAUUUGGCCUUAGCCUCGAGGAGCUUUUUGAGAGAGAUGGCUCUGCUGUUCCUAUGAUUGUCUAUCAAUGUAUUCAAGCAGUUGACCUCUUUGGGCUCGAGGUUGAAGGCAUAUACCGACUAUCUGGUACCGCAUCUCAUAUAAUGAAAAUCAAGGCGAUGUUUGACAACGGCAAGUUGAGCAAUCAAUUCCGCAGUAAAAGUGACUUUGCUGACAAUUCGCAGACGCAUCCAAGGUGGACUUUCGUAACCCUGAAAGCUUCUUUCACGAUGUUAAUAGUGUCGCUGGCCUUUUGAAGCAGUUUUUCCGAGAGCUCCCAGACCCUCUACUGACCAGUGAGCAAUACCCCGCAUUCAUCGAAGCCGCAAGUAAGUCACCUCGCAAGUUCACUCCGACGAAUGCUUCUCUACUAAUGUGAAACUAGAGCAUGAUGAUGAAACAGUCCGUCGCGACUCCCUUCAUGCCAUCAUUAAUGGCCUCCCCGAUCCUAACUAUGCUACUUUGCGUGCCUUGACUUUACAUUUAAAUCGAGUGCAGGAGAGUUCAGCAUCUAACAGGAUGACUGCAAGCAACCUGGCAAUUGUAUUUGGUCCUACUCUCAUGGGAGCUAAUUCUGGGCCAAACAUACAAGAUGCUGGGUGGCAGGUUCGCGUCAUUGACACCAUUUUGAACAACACCUAUCAGAUAUUUGAUGACGACUGAGGUGGAGAAGAAGGUGAUAUAAUCAGCCACGAUGUCCAUUAAAAACGCCCAAUGCCAUCGAUUAACCUGCCUAUGAAGCAGAAACAAAGGGAAAAUGAUUUCUAGCGCCAAUAUCUGCUACGCUGACAAAACCUCCACAAAAGCAUGUUGCCGCUCUACUUCGGGUGUUAUAAUUUUGAGGCAUAGGCUCAAUCAACAACAUGAAUUCACGGUCUAUCUAGCCAGUCUACGUUGGGGUGAUUUACACCGUAAGGGUAUCUGUCAUAGGGCUCUUGUGCUCAGCUCUAAUAUCGAUGCCAAUGCAGAUGUUGAGUUAAAGGGUGCACAUUUUCAAGACUAGUAAUUUCUGGAUUAUGAUGACAUUACGCCACACGUGGUUUCUAAGUUCACUAAAUACAUAAUUAGACAAAAGCGUGAAACAGUACUGAUUGAAAU